AGUACCUGUCCAAUAGCCAAACGACCUAAUGAACCCCCUCCUCUCGCCGUUCCGUCCUGUAGCCCUUGCAACACCAUCCCAGCCGCAACUCUGGCCCAUCGGUCCCAAUGGCCCCACUCACCACUUGCACCCGCCUCAUCCUGGAAUUACUCUGCCCCUUUCACGUGACGGACCCAAACAUGCACUUCAAACUUUGAACCAAAUUCAUCCCACAACAGAUCCGUACACUCGUUCAUCUCUCUGCUCCACCACAUCUUUCCCAGCGCAGCUAUCCAGAGAGCUAUCCAGAGAUCCCGUUGAUCACACUACCAGAGCCGUCACAAAAUGAAGUACUCGAUGUUAAUGUUGGCCUUGGCUGUGGGAGUCUUGGCUGCUGAUCCCCCAGCCCCUGUCCCAGAGGGUGCAGCCCCAGCGGGUGCUGCUCCGGCAGGUGCUGCUGGUGCUGGCGCUAACACCACUCCUGCUGCUGGCGCUGCCACUACUCCCGCUGCUGGUGCUGCGACUCCCGCUGCUGGUGCCACCACUGGCACAACCACCAGAGCGGGUGCUGCCACUCCUGCCGCAGGUGCUACCACUGGCGCCACUACAGGCACCACUACCAGAGCCGGCGCUGCCACUGGCCCCGCAACCGGUACUGGAACUGGUACUGGUACUGGUACUGCCACUGGUACUGCCACUGGUACUGCCACUGGUACCGGAACUGGAACUGGCACUGGCACAGGCACCACUGGAACGGGAACCGUGACCACUCCAGCUGACCCUGCUGCUGCCAAACCUCCAGGUGCCGCUGCCGCCGCUGCUGCUACUACUACCACCCCAGCUGCCCCAGGCGGUGCGGCUGUCCCAGGAGGCGUUGCUCCACCACCAAAACCUCCUGUGGUCUCCGACAACACUCCUGUCCCCACAGACAACGGCAGUGACGACCCUACCACCAAGUCCUUGACGUUCGUUACCUCCUAUGUCCGUCCUUCCGCCCCUCCCGCCAACAACAAUGCCAACAACGCCAACUCCGCCAAAUCCGCCAACUCUGCCAACACCGCUCAGGGAGACAGUUCGUCCAGGGCCCCAAGACCAUCAGGCCAAUCCUCAUCCAACGCGGGUGCUAUGCAACAAGCGAACUAUCCGCUCCUUGCCUCCCAAUCGGGUAGGCCUGGCUAUCAAGCUUCCACUGCUCGGAUCUCCCGUUUCAGGUAGGACUUCCCGCUGGUUUCUUAUGCUUUAAUUCCUUCGGACGUUUUGUUCUAUUAUACCCUUCUGUUCUAUUACCUCUUCUUUCUACAGGCUCUUAUCUUCUUGUUCAUAUUUAGUUGCAAUGUAUCUGAUUUGUACACGCCGCGGCCAAAAAUUUCACUGCGAUUCCGUAGAAUUAUACCUCAAUUAUUUGAUGCUAAAGGA